UCCACGCCCCGGUCCCCAGCGCCGCGGAGUUGUCUGCCGGGCGGGCGAGCAGGCUGGGUGUGGCCGGCGGCUCUCCGGUGUCCGCGGUCUGCUGUGACUGCCACCCCGAAUCCACGCUCGAGCGGCGGCCGAGCGCCCGCGGACUCAGGCAGCUCCUCCAGUUACUUUCACUUCAUAAUUCUGAGGGAAACAUAUUGAAAGCAUGAGUGAACUGGAACAGUUGAGGCAGGAGGCAGAACAGCUACGGAAUCAGAUUCAGGAUGCUAGGAAAGCAUGUAAUGAUACCACACUUGUUCAGAUCACAGCAAACAUGGACUCCGUGGGACGAAUACAAAUGCGAACAAGACGCACGCUGCGGGGCCACCUAGCUAAGAUCUAUGCUAUGCAUUGGGGAUAUGAUUCGAGGCUACUCGUCAGUGCUUCCCAAGAUGGAAAAUUAAUUAUUUGGGAUAGCUAUACAACAAAUAAGAUGCACGCCAUUCCCCUGAGGUCCUCCUGGGUGAUGACCUGUGCAUAUGCCCCUUCUGGUAACUAUGUUGCUUGUGGAGGCUUGGACAACAUCUGCUCUAUAUACAACUUAAAAACCAGAGAGGGGAAUGUGAGAGUCAGCCGGGAGCUGCCAGGUCACACAGGCUACUUGUCCUGCUGUCGGUUUUUAGAUGACAGCCAAAUUGUUACAAGUUCAGGAGAUACAACUUGUGCUUUGUGGGACAUAGAAACCGCCCAGCAGACCACCACGUUCACGGGGCAUUCAGGAGAUGUGAUGAGCCUUUCCCUGAGUCCUGACAUGAGGACUUUCAUUUCUGGUGCUUGUGAUGCUUCCUCUAAAUUAUGGGACAUCAGAGAUGGAAUGUGUAGACAGUCUUUCACAGGACACGCCUCAGAUAUUAAUGCUGUCAGUUUUUUCCCAAAUGGAUAUGCCUUUGCCACCGGCUCUGAUGAUGCUACUUGUCGACUCUUUGACCUCCGUGCAGACCAAGAGUUAUUAUUAUAUUCUCAUGACAAUAUAAUCUGUGGGAUCACUUCUGUUGCCUUCUCAAAAAGUGGGCGCCUCCUGCUAGCUGGCUAUGAUGACUUUAAUUGUAAUGUGUGGGACACGCUGAAAGGAGAUCGUGCAGGUGUCCUUGCGGGUCAUGACAACCGUGUCAGCUGCUUAGGUGUAACUGAUGAUGGCAUGGCUGUGGCGACAGGAUCUUGGGAUAGUUUUCUGAGAAUCUGGAAUUAACAGUGUCAUACGUAUUUCCUGUUCUCCACUGAUGUCUGGAGAAGUCCAUACUACAGCCUAGAGCUGUGAAAAAAUUCUUAUAUUUGCUGGUGAAGAUUUUUUUCUACUGAGAUUAUUAAAUGCAAAAAGUAGCUUUCAGUGAACUACAACAAGGCAAAGGUACCUGUUGAAAUCAAAAGAACCAGUAUAUUAAUUUGAGGAGUUGGGGUAACUGAUGAUGGUUUGCGCUGAAUAAUUGUGUGUACAGAAUGUACACUUUAGGUGAUCAGUGUGUUUGCAUCUUAAACUUUGUGUACAUAAGCGAUAUCACAUUUUUGAGUUUUGUAACU